AAUGCUCUGGCUCUGCAUUCACAGACUUGUGAUUGUAACAUUAAAGUAAAUAAGACGGAAAAGGCUUCAAUUUCAUGGGUUUUAAAAGGUUUGAGACUGAGUGGACUACAACGGAAUUAAAAAUUCUUUAACCACUUUAGUAGGCUAACAAAUAUAAACUGAUUUUAUUGUAUUGUAUAACAUUUUCUAUUUUAUAUCCUAGAGAAAAUAUGGUCCUUGCAGUGAUUUUAUUGCUAGUUUCAGGCUAUGUUACUCUGUGUUCUCCCGCUCAUCGGGAGUUCUACCUGAUAAACGAGAAUAAAAUCUGGGAUGAUGCCCAGAGUUACUGCAGGAGCAAGUACACCGACCUCGCCACGAUUGGCAGCCAGGAUGACAUGCAGAGGCUGGUGAACAUGGUGUCUGCCAGUGGUGUGACAGCAGAGAUGUGGAUCGGUUUGACAGAAACAGGCCCAGCGUCCUGGCUGUGGUCUGUGGGAGAAACUCAGAUCAGUGAUGGAGUAGUUGAGUACACUAACUGGGCCAGUUUACCAAGUUCCACUGACAACUGCGGAGGAAUGAGUUAUGAUGGGAAAUGGUUCAGCGCACCCUGUACAACAACGCUUCCUUAUGUAUGCCAAGAUAUUGGUUCCAGUGGGUUCUAUGUUGUUUUUCAAGGGACGAGCUGGAUAUAUGCCCAGCAGGACUGUCGCAUGAACAACAAAGACUUGGCCAGUGCGAGGAGCCAGAUGGAAAAUCUGGUAUUGCAGCAAAUAAUCAAUGGCGCCGCACUGUCCUCAGUCUGGAUUGGUUUGUUCAGAGAUGACUGGAAAUGGUCAGACCAGAGCAACAGCUCCUUCAGAUACUGGGCCACUGGUCAACCAAAUAACGAUGGAGCCUGUACAUUGUACAGUCCAUCUCUCACAGGAUUCAUGGACAGAGGCUGUACUUACUCUAUACCCUUCAUCUGCUAUGAGGGUUCUGCCAAUCAAGAAACAAAACACACCAGAACUGUUAAGGUGGAAUUUAAGUCAUCUUUGAACUUAAAUGACUUCAAUGUGAGUGAUGCCAUUCUGCAGCAGAUCCAAUCAAAGUACCAGAAUGCCAAGGUUCGGUGGAGAGUCCAGCCUGAUGGGAAAAUUUUCCAUAAGGAGGAGGAGAAGGAAAUCAAAGAUGCCUGUUAGAAUACGACAUGAAGUUUUCCUGCAGUGAAAAGUUACUCAUGAUUUUGCAUGUAGAGAAUAAACAAAACUAGCCUAGCGUUAAACGACUAGAGAUAAAGGGAGACUUUGUUUUACUGUUUGUUUUUAAAGUCUUCUCACAUCAUAUUUGGAAUGAUUUCAUUUGAUUUCAUAUUAUAUUUGUGGCAAAUAUAAUAUGCAUAUGUGAUAUAUUAAAUACUCAUUAAAAGUCAGUUAAAAGUCUGUUGAAUUACUACUGUGUAACCAACCUAAGGGUAGACAUGAACUUUCACGUUUUUUUCACAGGCUGUCUUUUGCUUGAAAACUUUAUAAUAAAGAAACAUAGUGAA